CGAGACCAAAAAUAAACUGCGCCCCGGUUAGUGCGGGGCUAAUCGAAUAGUUCGGAUAAUCACGAACUUGGCGGAUACUUUUUUGCAACAUUCUGACACCAAAAUUUUCAAAUUUCGUUAAAAAAUAGACUCACAGGAAGGAAAAAACCAGAUAAUUAAAUACGUUUUUGUAAAACCAAAAUAUUACUUAGGUGGCGUUGCUUCUAUUCAUCAUCCAGUCGGCAUGAUUUAAAAUUGUGACAGUUUGUACAUUGUACAAUGUACAUCGUACAUUUGACUAUCGAUUUGCCGUUUUAUCGAUUCGGAUUAUCAUGGAAAACAAUAAUGAGUUUACAAAUGAAAAAAAAGUGGAUAUGCAGAGAAAACUCUCGCCAGACCCGUGCAUUGUAUGCAACCCGCUAUCCGGGACGUCGCCUUCCUGCACGUUAGAAAGCUAAUAUCGAUAAUCGACAUGAUAAUUUUAUUAUAAGUGAAGAAAUGGAGAUCAAUGUUGUGGGAUACGUCAACGUAAAUCCAGCUGCGUCGCUAAGACAAGUGGCAUUAGAAUUAGACAUCUCAAGAGAAUCUGUGAGAAGAAUUGAAAAAAAAAAACACAGCAUUCCUUCUUUUAAUUAUGUAUAACGUGCAUCGACAUCUUGAUGAAGCUGACGUUGUUAGAAUACUUCGAUAUUGUAAUUCGCGAAGGCCAUAAAAAAAGCGUAUACGAUUGUCCGUCCCUUGUCGAUACCGAACUUUCGGCUAUGGUCCGUGGUUUCUCAGACGUCACACGUCGUUUAGGUGACGUGACGUUUUACGCUAUCGAAAUGGGACCGAAACGUAAACCGCGAAAGGGCGACGAAGAUGCGAGGAAAAGGCAGCAGAUCGAACGCAGGCGCGAGCUGCAAAUGGCGCGGCUCGAACGCGAGACGAAAUACGGCGCCAUUACGCUCGCCCGUCAGGAGAAAAACUGGGAACGGAUGUUGACGGAGGCGGCGUUACCGCGCAUGCGCGACGACCUGACGUACGCGUGGCGAUGCUUCGAACGCGCCGUCGACUGCAAAGAUUUCGCUAUCGGUCUCCUCAUGGACGAGCUCGACGAAGCCGAGCGCCAUCGCUUUCUAAACGCGACGGCGCACUCCGAACACAUUGACCGGAUAAUCGACGGGUUCGGGGCCCGAGUUCGCGAACUUGAUCGCGAGUUCGCCGAAGAGAUCAAACGCGUGAUGGACGAACGCGUCGCGACCCUAUCCGACGCGAGGUCGUCGUCUCGUGAAAACGAGGAUCACCUGAAAACCGCGUUGCACAUCCUCGAGAUGGCGACGAAGGAGGUGCGGCGGACGCGACGCGCCGACUACUUCUCGAAACUCGAGGAGCAGGCGUCGAAGGAUGCGCAGCUGGUCGAGCAGUGCGCAGCCGUUCUCGAAGAAAUCCGGCUGCGCGCGCGCGACGCCACGGUCGCUUUCGUCGAUCGUUACCGCGACCGAACGAGAGAAAGGAAGAACGCGGACGACAAGCUGAAAAAGCGAGACGACCGCCUUCAGGCGACGAUCGCCAAACGUCUGGAUGCGAUUCGGGCGGCGUCGGAUCGCGCGCGCGCGCUGCGCGUCGCUCGCGCCGAACAGCGCGCGUACUUCGAGCGAAAGUUGGCGGACCUGCGCGGCGAACGCGACUUUUUCCUCGCCGCGUUCGACGCGCUCAAGCGCAAACUCGCGCGGGACCGCGCGGCCGACUUUGAGCGCGCCGCGCGUCUCGCCGCUUGCCACGACGACGUCGCGACGCGCCUCGGGGACGUUCGCGCUCGUGCGGAACGCGUCCUCCGCCUCGGCGCCACCUGCCGCCGCCUGGAGACUUUGGAGGUAGAGAAGCCGAUAAGGUCGUAUAUAACGUAUAUAGCGGAAGUGACGAUAGAGUCGAUAGUUUAUCGAUAAUUUGAUUUUCGCACAGCGAAUAGGAUCGGUUCUUUUAUUGAUAAUAUUGAUAGUUAAUCAUAUAUUAGGUCGGUAGUUUAUCGAUAUAGCGGAAAAUAGGAUCGGCUUUUAUAUUAUUAAUAAAGAUAUUUCGUUUUUUUAUUAACAUAUAAUAAGACAAUAAGAUCUAUUUUUUUAAUAAUAUAAAUAUUUUGUUUUUUUAAUAUCACAGAGUGG